AUGGAGGUGGAGCUAACUCGCCGGCCGGGAGGGCCUCCGCCGCUUGUCAGGCUCACAGUCAUCGACAAUCACCACUUCACAAGUACACCAUUUCUGGUUUCUCCACCAGGCUAUGACUUCUUCAAAUACCUUCUUGGUUAUGCAAAGAGGAUUAACAUCAACCUGCAGAUCAACAAGCUUGAAAAUUUCCCACUUCAGAACCUAAAUUCCCAGACCUUAAACUCCUCCCCAGAUGAGAUCUUGAUCAUUUCUGCCCAGUUCAGGCUCCACAACCUGAGCCACCACUCCCCAGAUGACAGGUCAGAGUUCUUGAGAGGGCUGAGGAAUUUAGGUCCAAAAGGCGUGGUUUUGAGCGAGAACAAUGCAGAUUGUAGCUGCAGCCAUUGCGGGGACUUCGCCAAUGGAUUAUCCAGGAGGGUGGAGUACUUGUGGAUGGAAGGAGAAGCAGUAAAGGCAUUGACAAAUGUGGGAGAAAUGAAUGAGUGUAAAGAGAAAUGGUGCCAGAGAAUGAUGAGUGUUGGGUUUGUAGGCCAAGCAUUUCGAGAAGAUGCAAUCGACACAGCACGAGCGUGGUUGCCAGAGUGUGGUUCCAUGGAAGAGAAAGAUGCCGACGGGCUAGUGAGAAGGAAAAUAUUGAGUAAGAAGAAGAUAUGGCUAGUGAGCCAUGGCGACGGGCGGCGGCGGAGCGGCGCAGUGGAUGCUUCUCUGGUUCGGCACCGCCAACAUCGCCGUGUGAUCCAAGAAAUCUUUGAGCUCCACAGUCGACUAUAA